GUUUCCCUUGGACCAUCUGCUUUGUCUUCACUGCCCAAGGCGUCGAGUUCGCCUUAUCACUAAUUUCCGCUCGCUGUUCUCCACAGCGAGGACGCUCUCAAGUUUCUUUUAUUUUCUCUUUGUGGUUGAUGAUUAGCCUCUCAGGCUGUGAUGACGCCGCGCCCACUCAUUUCUUCUUCUUCGAGGCGUCCUUUGUCCGCCAUCUUCCUGGGAUCGUUACCACCCAAGGAGCAGAUCUUUCCUGACUUUCCUGAGCCUCCAGAAAGCCCAGUUGCAGUGUCAAGUUCAUCUGGUCUUCCUUCACCACCCGCAACCAAUUCAACGGGAAGCGGUUCAACAGGUGACAACAAGAGUGCAACCGCGGGCAGUCUACGCCAGCGACCUGCCUCGUAUGCCAGCAGCGUAAACAUGACCCACCGUAAUUAUGACACACCCAGCACACCCGCAAAAUCUUCCAGAAAUAUUGACGACGAUGACGACGACGAAAAUGAUUAUUCAAAUGAAGAAGAUGACACCGCUCGCCUUGACCGUAGUCAUUCAGUAAAGAUUCCUAACGAGAACCUCGUGGCCUUGCAACGAGUUAAAAGCCUUGCUGAGCGCAACCGCAUGGUACGUGCUCCUUUGGUUCCUUGACGCUCAUUCUAAUUGAAGCCUACCCUUGGUAACUUGCACGUGUUGUAUGUUAUUGUCGUAAUUUGAAUUGCAACAACUCUAACCUCACCUUUUCGUCCUCGCGACUUUCCAUGUUUUAUACCUGGAAAUAUGCUAUCUGACCUUGCUACCUUUGAUUC